AUGCACGCUCAGAAACGUGAGAAUGAAGCGUCCUCAAUGAGGGGGCUUCUCAUCUCGCUCUUGGACAUCCCUGACCAGACCCCUGCACUGACCACUAGAAGUGAGCAUAUGGUGAAGCGGGACUCCCAGGUCACCAACCAGAGGGCAGGAUGGAAAAAGCCCCUCCUCCUCCUUCUGUACCUACUGCAAGAUGCAAAUGCACUAAAGGGUCCAAAGCUGGUGUCUGGGGAGCUUGGGGGAACUGUCACCAUCCAAUGCCACUACAUCCCCGUGUCAGUCAACAGGCACCAAAGGAAGUACUGGUGCCACGUGGGACCCCCGAGGUGGGUCUGCCUCACCAUCGUGUCCAGCAACUACUACACUCACCACCACUAUCGUGGCCGCGUGGCUCUCACAGACUUCCCACAGAGGGGCAUGUUUGUGGUGACACUGUCCCAACUUUCCCCCGAUGAUGUGGGGUCCUACCGCUGUGGCAUUGGAAACGAAAACAACAUGUUUUUCUUCAGUAUGAACCUGACCCUCCCAACAGGCGGCCCCAGCAGUGUCCCCACAGCUGCAGAGCUAAUCACAGCAUCCAUAGGAACAGCAUCUCUGGCACCUGACAGAUGUACCUCAGAGACCACCCGUGCUGUAGAAGUACACGAGACAGAGUGGGACAGUGUUGUCCCAACUCUGGGAAGGAGCAAGACCACACCUGCAGCAAAGGGAAGACAAACCCCAGGAAUAGCAAAGACAACAGCUCCAAGCACAGGCCACAGAGGAGCGGGUUCCAUGGAGACCACAGUUCCCUUCACAGGGAGCCCAGCUUCCCCACUCAGAACCACAUCCGAUUCAGCAAGUGCAGGUGCGUGGAGCACCGGAAGCUCAACCACUUACAGGGCUGGGACCAGCAUAGAAGAACGGGUGAUGGCAACCACUGAGGCCUAUGAGCCAUGGGAAGAAACAGCUGGGGAGGUUGUAGAAGCCACUAGGCCAUCAGCUCCCAUUUCAGGAAGCUCAGCCUGGAAAGUCCUCCAAGAAACAAUACCUGUUUCUAUGCAUCAAGCCCUGGAUGCCACAGAAGGCAUAAGCCCAGAUGCCGGGGUGUGGCCCUCGGAAGUCCCCGGCACAGAGAUGGCAUCUAUGGAAAAAAGCACUGGUGGGGCGGUACACAUCACUGCCGGGGAUAGUGGCCCCCAAGCAACGCCCAGCCAGGCCCCAGCAGCAAGCACUGGGAGGUCUCCUGGCAAGGAGUCUUCGGUGAAGAGUGCUCUUCCAGAAGAGGACAACAGCUCUUGGACCCUGACCCUGGUCCUGACCACGCUGGCCGUGUGUCUCCUCGUAGCUCUCACUCUGCUGCAGUGGAAGCUCCGAAAAUGGAGAAGGAGGAGAAGGACCUUUCGGGAGGCAGGACGGGCACCAGGGAUCGCCCUGGUUCAGGUGACACACAUGCUGGAGCCACACCAGGACCAGCCCCAUGUGCAAACGAAGAUGCUCCGCCAAGACUCGGCUCCUACCCAAACCAGUCCAAUGUGCUUUGAGCAGGACCCAGAAACUUCUUAGUCCACACAGACAGAAGACCACGACUCAGCACCUCCAAGCCCCAGCCUCUUCUCCCCCAACUGAGCCACCUGCAGGACACAAAAUGAUGGAGCCUGGGCACCAUCUGGGGAAGUAUAUCUUGACCAUCCUGAGACUAAGAACAUCAAACUUUCUCCUUGGCCAAAGGUGGCUUCAGGCAAGGGGUUACUCAAAACUCUAAGAAAGGCCACCAAGGGUGAGUGUGGACUCUCCACCCCUGGAUGCUUGCAGGAGGCUCCAGCUCAGGGAGGAAGAUUACACACUCUCUACCAAGGCUCCUCCCAGCUUCUUCUGCUGAGUGCCGCCCCUUUUGCCAACACUUAUUGUUGCUCAACCUGCUACUCAUGUUGUUGAACUAUCCUCACGAUUCCAGGCCUGCUGGUCAAAGAGACUCAGCCACUUUAGAACACUCAUUGUGCUUUGUCCAUCUCAGUGUGUCCACAGAG